AUGACGGAUGCUAAAGAAGAGAAGCAGCCCAAAAUGAUCGACCAUGUUCGAAAUCUCUCGGAUCUACUUCGAGAGAGGAAAGAAGAUGAGGCUAAGCGAUUGUUGCAACGAGUACCCGAUCUCCUUACUAGUCGUGAUGACACAGGGAGAAGCACAGUUCAUUUCGCUGCUGUUGGAGGGUGUUUGAGCAUUCUUAAAUAUUGUGUGAACUCUGAUGAGGAUGCUGUUAACUUGAAAGAUGACUACGGAUGGAAUCCAUUGAUGAUCGCUACUUCAGCUGGACGAAGGGAACUUGUGCAAUAUCUGCUAAGCUUGCCAGAAAUUGAUGUGAAUCAGAAGAAUGUGAACGGACAAGCUUGUCUUCAUUACGCAUGCAGUAAAAAUUUCAAAGAAAUAGCAGCAUCACUUCUGGAGUCAGGUGCUUAUGUGAAUGCGGCUGAUAAGUAUGGAGAUACGCCUUUACACAGGGCUGCAAGUCAAGGACAUGAUCAGAUUGUCCACUUGCUAAUUUCUCAGAAAAAUAUAAACAUUGAUGUUCAAAAUGGGGAAGGGAACACUCCCUUGUUCAUGGCUUGUGAGGAAGAGAGAGAGGAUACUGCCUUGGCUUUAGCUUUUAAAGGAGCAAACAUCGAAGCUCAGAAUAAGAACGAGAAGACUCCUCUGGAUGUGGUGAAGACGUCAUCUUUCAGAACCAAGCUGAAGAACGCCGCUGAGAAAGCUGCUGCUAUGGAACACUAA